AUGGGACUGCUGAGGAAAUGAUGGGCACAAUGUGAGUACAGGCCGUCUGUUGUCUCUUCUAUACUGUCUGUAUGCUGUUGGUCAGGUCCGGCAACUAUGGCCUGGCCGGCUGGCUGCGGCCGAGGCGGAGGGCCCACUCACUUGGUCCUCGAUAUGACCCACUGUAUCUCGCCUCUUGCUCGCUGCCUCAAUCGCUCUCUUGUCUCUCUGUCACGCAGAGAAGCACAAACACUAACAUACACUGGAAUACAUGCACUUACACUUACCCUAGGCCCCCGAGGCAAUUCGACUGUUCCGAUAGAGCAAAGAUUCAGCCCUAGCCUUGGGCAAUUAGCUCAGCCACAAGGCACACUCAAGGAAGGACAGUCUGACCAAGUGUAG